AUGAGCUUGACUUCCAGAAUUACUGGUGGUACUGGCUCGGGCGUCAAUCAUAAUGUUACAAAUCCAGCUCCCAAAUUAUCCGGAAAUGUUCCUCCCACUCAAGAUCCAGCUCCUGUAGUUAACCAUUCAAGCUCCACGCGUUGUUCCAGUGGGGCCUUGAUGAGUUUAUUAAACAGUGGAUUAUCUGUUCCUCGUCAAAUGAUGGUUCAGGCUCGCGGUGCACAGGAUAAUCAGCAUAUUCCUAUACAUUUGAGCUUUGUUGGAACUAUUGGACAGGGAACAUUUGGACAAAUUGAAAGAGCUACUCUCACUGUACCAGCAACAUCUUCAGGCACACCAGGUAAAAAGAAUUCUGAUGUCGGUACUUUCUCUGAUGGAGGACAAAGUUUACAGGUCGCCGUAAAGCGUGUCUUGCAGGACCCUCGCUACAAAAACCGUGAGCUGAGUAUUAUGCAACGCCUUAACAACCAUCCUAAUGUUGUAAAGUUCUACUACUACUAUUACUCGACAGCGUCGUCUAAUAGUCGGGGCCAUAGGAGUGGUGGUGGACGUGCAGGCGCAUCUACGUCGGGAGUGGAUGUGUUCUUGCAUCUUGUGCUGGAAUGCUUCCCUGAGAGCUUAUGUGAACUCAUCUACCGCUAUUCCCAAAGGAACUUGAAAAUACCAGCUUGUACUGUGAAGGUUUUUACGUAUCAAAUGCUCAAAUCCUUAGCUUAUUUACAUAGCCAUCAAAUAUGUCACCGUGAUAUCAAGUCAUCCAAUUUACUAGUCAAUGAAGAUACUAUGGUUUUAAAAGUGUGUGACUUCGGAAGUGCUAAAGAAAUGGUGCCGGGUACUGCUAAUGUAUCUUAUAUAUCCUCUCGGUAUUAUCGUGCUCCGGAGUUAUUAUUUGGAGCUCAGUACUAUUCUUGUGCGAUCGAUACUUGGAGUGGGGGGUGUGUACUUGCUGAAAUGCUACGUCAACAUUGUUUGUUCAUGGGAGCUGAUUCAGUAGAUCAACUGGUUAAAGUUAUCCGCGUUUUAGGCACUCCUACUCCACAGGAUAUUGCCAGUAUGAAUCCAAUGUAUGGAUCUUACAGCUUCCCAGAUGUUCAAUCUUGCCCUGUAAAACUGUUUUUCCCACAGCAUACUCCAGCCGAUUUGUUGGCUCUAAUGAGUAAAAUGCUUGUUUAUAAUCCGUCAUUAAGAAUUUUGCCAUCUCAAGCUCUUUCCGAACCAUGUUUUGACGAACUUCGUUCUGUCGGUCCACAUGGAGUACUUUCGAACAGAGUUCGUAUGCCUCCACAUAUCUUUGAUCCUGAUCCCGAACCUAAUCCUCCUACAUCAGUAACUGAUGGAACAAAUUUAUCAGCAUAUAACAAUUGGUUGCCAGAUCAUCAUAAGCAUGGUUCAUCCAACAAGAAAUCGACCCCCAGUGAUUUGCAAGGUCCCGAUAAGAAAAACUGUAAACCACCAUCAAAUUCUCGAGAAAUUCCUGCUGAUUGGCAGCGAAAAGGUCGAGCUAUCGGAUCUAAUAAUUCAUCAGAAAAAUGUGGAUCAGUUAUUGGUGGUCCUGGUGGUGGUGGUGGUGGUGGUAGUCAUCCAAACCUGGAAUCGAAAUCUGACGAAUUAACUGGGAACACUAAUGGUGUAAAUAAUGAUGCUUCGAGUAAACAACAACAACAGCAGCAGCACAAUCGAACUAAUAAUGAGAAUAAUCUUAAAAGUUCAAUCGAUACAACAAAAGUCGGGACGGGGACAACAGUUAAUGUUGGUAGUCCAAGCCAAAUAGAAAAUCCCGAUGUCUGUUGCAAUGAUAAUGAAAACAAUAUUAAUAAUAAUAAUAGCAUUACUACAAAUGUACACUUAAAAUCAUUUGUUCCUCCUACUCAUCCAAACGCUUCUGAACAACGGACAAAUUUGAGUGAAGUACACUAGAUGGAUAAAUAGAUAGAGAUAAACAUUUGCACAAAAAUCCACAUAACAAAAUUCAUAGUGUAAUUAUUUCUUGUCAUUUGAUAUAUAUCCUGCACACAGUCAUUUCAUUGACGAGCCUCAACAUUAGCAUCACUUGAUCAUCUUUCUAUUGACUAAUUAAUUAUUUCUUGUGAGGAUAGUAGUACCACCACCUCUUCUCUCUCUUUCUGUUUGCGCCCAACCACUCGUCGAACUACUUUAAUUUCUUUAUGUGUAUGUGUAUGUUUAGAAAAAAAGCCCACAACUAAAGGAGACCAACCAAAUCACACCAUACUAUUUUGUUGUUAUGGUUGUUUAAUAUUAAACAAAGUUAACCUCGUUUCUCCCUUUCUCUCUCUCUCUCACUCUGUUCAUUACAAAAUAUAUACUGACCUGGUUAUCAUUUUUUAUCUUCCCGAUUGUUCUUUUUUUUCUUCCAAAGUAAUAAACAUUAAAACAACCCGACAACAAAGUGUCCGGGUAUUGUUUAUUGUUUCCAAAACUUUAAAACUCUUCUUCUUCCAUCAUUUUCUCCUUCUUUUUUGUCUUCUGAUUAAUAUAAUUCCAAAUAACAAGAAGUUUACCUCAUAGAUACAAUCCUGUUUCUUUUUUUCCCCGUUUGGCUAUGUUUAUUUUUAACGUUUAGAAUUAGUAGUAGUUAUGUUGCAUAACAUUGUUCUGUAUUUUGGGUAAUUACUUUAACAACAACCACCAAUUAUAAUCAAUGUGUAAAUAUAUAUAUACAUAUAAAGAUACAUCUACAUAUAUAUAUAUGUGUUCAUUCAGUUUGUUUCUUCUUCAUGAUUCUUUUCAUUCAUUACAUCGUGUUCCGGGGGUCCCUUCCUUCCAUCCUAACAAUCUGUUCAUUGUUUUUUUUCCGCCCCCCUACUUUAUCCCAUCUCUUAUUCAUAUUCAGAAUUGUUUAUUUAUUUGACUUUGUUGUGUUUUUUAGUUCUCUUUUCAAAGGAAAAGAAAAGAUAGGUUCAUAGAGUGGUAAUAAAAAUCUUUUUUUACAUGGUUAUUUUUGUUUGUCUGUUUGUUUUUUUAUAUUUUAGAUCUUGGCUGAUAUCUGUUCAUACCAGUUCGUUAGUUUCUAUGGUAUAUAUAUAGUUCAAAUAAAUCCUCCCCCCUUUACGAUUGUAACACCUCUGUUCUUUUUAAGAAUAUAACAUUUCAUGUCAAUUUAUAUCCAAAUAUUUUUUAAUAAUAAUAAGCAAAACUCCUAUACCUUUACUUGAUCUUAAUAAUUACAGUUCUUAUAGAUGAUAGGUAAUGAUGUAUUGAUUUUCUCUCUCCUACUAAACAUAUUCUCAAAUCUUAAUCGAUAUCCAUGGAGAACAAAAAGAAGAAAUAAAGGGGGGAUAAUUGACUGAUCGAUUAUGUAGUUGUUCUUGUGUGAAAGCUUUGAUCGAUUAUGUUUCUCAAUUUUUUCGUAUUUCCGUUUUUACAAUUUUGUUUUUUUUGUGCAUGUUCUACACAGAAGUGUCUAUGUAAAGGUCAUUGUUUUUUGUGAUUAUCCCAUGAAUGUCUACUUCUUUGCUUAUUUAUUCAAUUUUAAUAGAUACACACACUUUGUAUGUAAAAAUUCUGCUGUUCUUUUUUAAAAAAAGAAUUCUAUUCAAUUAAAUUUUCUGAUUUUUUUUUGUUGAAAAUGUAUAGGAGUUCUCCUUUUUUGUAGGGUUAGGGGGUAAACUGUUUGACUGCUUUGUAUUCAACAAAACACCAUGGCAACCAAAGGUAUAAUUUAACGAAAAAAGUUUUUUUAUGUGUAACGUUGCAUAACAAACAACUCCAUUAAUUGUUUGUGUACAUGUUUUGGCGUAGAUUAGAAUUGUUUAUUUGUCAUGGUUACUGUUGGACUUUUUUUUCGCAUCUUGUCAUUAUUUUCUUUGUUUACUUUAUUUCUUGAGAUUUUUCUGGUCAACCAAGCUGGGACGCGCUUGUACACGAUGGUGUAGUAUGUAGGUAACUUUUCUUCCUCACCGUCAGUGUCAUGAUAGUGUUGAUUCUCUCACGAAUGUGUAUGUUUGUAUACAUCACUUAUGUUAGAGACUUUUGUUAAAUCUGAUGAGCAUCAAAUAAGUAGGGUAAUUUCUUCUUUUUUUUUUGAAGAAUAGUUUUAUAUGUGUGUAGGAUUAAUUUGUCCGUAGGCUUUUUUUUUCUAUUCCAUUUUGAUGUACUUCUGUUUAACAUACAUUAAGAAAAUAUUACUUCUUGACCGUCGAUUUUUAUGGAGAUUCCUAGCACAUGUAUUAUUCAGUUUAAUUACUGAUAUAUAUAUACAAGAUUAUUUGUUUUGUAUUAUUCAUGUGUUUACUUUAUUUUCUUCAUCUCUUUCCGGGUAAGAACAAACACAUACUUGUCUUUAUAUAUAUAUAUCUUGUCUAUGUGUCAUAUCUACUUAUCAUCACAAUAAUAUCAAAUAUAAACAAGGUUCUUUAUCUUCCAUUGUGUCAAGUCCUCAGGAGUCUCUUCUUAUAUAUGUUUAUUCAUUUACAUAUUAGUAAAGUAGUUCGGUAUUGUUUGUUUUCACCAGAUGAUUGAUUUUUUUUGUUCAUCGUUACUACCAUGAAUAUUGAUCAUAUUUUGUAUGUAUGUAUGUAUGUAAUUGUAUCCAUGCUAAUAAAAAAAUAAUAAAAAUCGACUUCUACAUACACAUUACUUUUUCAUUUUGUACUCAUUUGUUCGAUUCCUUCUUUUGUCUUUAUAUGUGUAUUCUGUUCUGAAAUAUGAAGUAAGUAUAAAUGACAUUUGUCUUGGAAGUACCAUACAUGAAACAUAUUGGGUUUUUUUUUUAAUUGUAUGUCAUCAGUUUUGUUGUUUUGUUCUGUUUCUUCUUUAUUGGUUUUGUUUUCAUUCUUCUUAUAUAUCGCUCAAUGGGAUACGUUUUAAGCGUAAUAUACCUCUCUCUGUCUGUCUAUUUAUGUAUGUAACUGUCACUUUCUCAGUAUAUCUAUAUUAUGGAAUAGAUAUUAUUUUGACGAAUCAUUUUGUUUAUAAUAAACGAAAUACAUAUAUCCCAUAUACCUAACUAGUAAAGAUAACUGGUAUAAUCUAUACAUUACAUUAUGAUGGACAAGAUUUCAAUGGAUAGGUACUAUUUAUGUUUUUUAGUAUACAACAUGGCUGGAUAUAUAUCAGUUAGUGAUUAUUUCUAAAAAAAAAUGUUUCCUCCUUUUUAUGAUUUGUCUAUUGAUUUUUAUGAUGAUGAUAAUGUUAUAUCAUAUUCUAUAGGAUUUAAUUGUCCAUUGAUAUAUUUAUCUAUAUCUAUUGUAUAAUCUUAUAAGACAUAGUAAACAUUCAAUAAGAAGUUCUAAAUUGAUGUAUAGUUUACAUUGUAAAUAUCUAAUAUAGACAUGAAUAUCCAUGUCUCCCUUCUUCUUUUUUUAAUUUUUGGAGCAUUUACAUGUUUACUAUUUGAAUCUUAUUCAUAAUGAUUGAAUCUUAGGAACUUAUUGAGCAUAGUUAUAAGUGAUGUAGAACUUGACAUUUAUAUUGAAUCGACUCAAGUUGACAUAUAAAAACUAUUAGAAGGGGGUUUUGUAGAGAUUUUAGUUUUUUUUUCUUGUAUAGUUGAGAUCAUGAGCCAAUUGAAGUUAGACCAGCAUGGAAAACUUGGAAGCACUGCUUGACGGCCGUUUCAUCCUAUUAUGGGACUC